CAAGUUUAAAUUGGUAUUAUUCUCAAAUAGAUAUGAGAAUAUGGAAUAUUGCAGGUGAAACUACGAAUGUUUCAGAAUCAGCACAUGCAGAUAUUAAUCGUGAAGGAAAAGGAUUAAACUUAUUAAAUGCAAUUAAAAAAGCACAAAAAUUUGAUAACAUGAAAUUUACAACUUGUGCAAUUCAAGAUAAAUAUGGUGUACCGAAAACUGGAAAAAAUAAUGGACCUAUAGCUAAAGCAACACAAUCAAUAAAAACACCCAAUAAACAGUUAACAAAUAAAAAGAAGCGUAAUAAAUCAAUAUCUAAUGAGUCUAAUGAAGAUUUAUUAACUCAGUUAGAAAGACAAAUAUCUUUAGAUGAAUGUCAAUUAGAGCUUGAAGAAAGAAAAGAAAGACUUAAAGAACAAAAGCUUUUAAAUUAUGAAAGAGCUCGUGAAUUAGGUGUUGAAAAAGAAUUGGGAUAUCA